CGAACUAUGGCAUAAGAUAAUAUCAAAGUAGUAUGGCCAUCAAGUUAGAGCCCGAAAAAAUCAGCAUCUUACCAAAUGAAGUACACACUCAGGCCCAAUGAGGUUUAUAGGACACGCUAGAGGGAUAACUCUGUAGGGAGGCAGUGAAGCAUACCGAUUUCUGCAUUGCACGGCACAAGAAGUGACUCUCAGUGUAUGGCGUUCUGUUGCAUCUCGCUAUCAGAAUGGUUAUUUAGAAUGUUGAUUUGGGUGUAAGAAUUGACAGACUGAUAAGAAAAGGCAGGCUUUUAAUAGAGUUGGAAGUAAGAAGAAUGCCUCCAGUAUUUCUACGGAUAUAAGUAAUGAUGGAUCAAUUUUACUUCACCAGUUUGUUUACAAUUAGGCCUAUCCUUACCAUCAAGUUCUUCUAUGUUUUCGCUUUUCAGUAAAAAUGAUAGAUUUCUCCUUAAAUUUGAUUUCUUUGGUACUUGCUAGAAUCCUUCUAGUUUCAUGACCGAUACCUUGCAAGGUGAUCACUUGAUACAGCUCGUCAAAAACAUCUGCUUCAAAUAUUGACUGUUAAUAUUGAAGCCUUAAAGAAGAACAAACCAAGUAUUCGUUGUCAGAUCAAUAAACUCGUUUUGUUUAAAAAUGUUUAGAGACUGCGAAAAAGGCAAUAUAGAUCCUCCAUAAACGAUCUGUACCAUCACUGUUGAUGUCCAUAAUCAUGCUUUACCAUUUUCCUUAAAAUCCAAUUAUUCCCAAAUAAAAACCCAAACAUUCCAUAGACAUGAGCUGACCUGUUUGCAGAGACAGCACGUUUACCGGACCAGCUCGCCCCAUAUAAUCAGGUCCUAAUACGGCUUUGAAAAAAGCAAUCAUUUAGUAAACUAAAUCUUUUCGUCUGACACUCUUCAGAGUUUGAAACGUCAUAACAUAGAUCGAAACUCUACGCUAGGAAAUAUAUAUACCUAGUUGUGGAUCGAAAUAGGCCAAUCAGAAAACAUGAGCACAUGACUGUUGAGGUUGACCAAUCAGUGCCGCUUGCCUAUUGAGAAUGUUACCAAUGGAGUCCUAAGGUGUAAACGAACUCCUUUUGUCUACACAGUAGCGGUUUUUUUCUUGCUUAUGUAGAUAGAUUCCAAAACUGCUAGGUGGAACGACGAUCGGGCUUUGCCAAUAAUCCGAAAUAUGUCACCAUUAUAGUUUUUUGCACAUACUGGGUUUUCCAGUAAAUUCUGCCCGAUAGCAGAAUCGCAGGUUUUAGUUGUAAUUUUAGAUUUGCAAGAACGAGGUGGCUGUUCUCUUUGGGGAUGAGUUUUGUACCUAAUACUAGACGGAACAUGUUGAUUUAUUCUAUCCUCUAACCUUUGGGUAGUGCGUCCUACGUAGCCAGAAUCACACUGGCGCGUAAAUUCGUAAACAACGGAACAUUUUUGUGUGGUAGGAACGCAGUCCUUUUGAAUGGACGGAAGGGCCUGCUUCUGAUUGGCCUAGUUCGAUCCACAACUGGGUAUAUACAGUAUAUUUCCUAGCGUAGAGUUUUCGAUCUAUGUUCUGACGUUUUAAACUCUGAAGAGUGUCACACGAAAAGCUUUAGUUUAGUAAAUGUUUGCCUUUUUCAAAGCCAUUUUAAAGUUUUGUACCACCAAAAGAUUGUUUGCAGGUCCUAAUACUACAAAUCAUUAUCUUGUAACGUGUUAGGGUUUGUGAAUUAGAUGCGUUGCGUGAUGUAUCCAUGAUCAAUCGUUAUCUUGUUGUCUUGUAUCUAUUGUCUUACGUCAAUGUGUAGUUUCAGUUAGUAUGAUUAAUCGCUGUUGAUCGGAUGUUAGUAUGAUUAAUCGGAAAAAUCAACAUUUUGUGGGACAGUGUCAAUUUUGUGCCUAUCACCCGACUUUUGAAAAAAUUUUCCCAGAUUUAAAAAUAUAUGCAGUUAUGUUGCAUAGGGUAAAACAAGGAAGAAGUCGAUCAGAACCAACGCUUUCCCCAGUGGAUAUUCAAUUCAAGAUUUGCUCCAAAGAAUCCAAUUUCCGGAAAAUUUGAAGCAAUAGAUUUUCCGGCACACAGGCAGAGACCAAAAAGUGUAUUUUAAAUUUCUUUCCAGCCAAGGAAAAAGUUAUAUCCUUUCUGCCCUGACACUUACAUUAAAUGCUUCUAUUUAAGUAAAAGGAAUCAAAGACAUUUUGUCGGAAAAUUUUUCAUUCUUGCCCCCUCUAGAAUUUAUUCGCCACGACGCCCCUGCCUGCGAAUUUUACUGCAAAAUUUUGCUCAGUUUGAGAACAUCUUCUUUGCCUUUCUUAUAAAGGGACGAGUGCAAAACAAUUUGAAGAAACCUAAUGCUUUUAAACUUAAGUGUCAAUCAUACCAUGAACAUCAUGAAGCUAAAUAUUGUGAAGCUAUUUUUCCAUGUGAAGAGCGUUUGUGCUUCUGAAAUCCACAAAUUGUACAAGGAUUCUCAUACCUAAAAUUCUACCCUCUUCAAGACAGAUUGAGUAAAUUUUUUACAUAGUAUUUUUUAAAAACGACAGCUGCAUCUUCACCCACUUCCGAUCGAACGUUCCAAAAUUGCAAAGCUAAGCCUGCACGGGAAUGUUUAGCAAUCAUUGGCGAUUAUGUCAUGCAACGGCAUAUAGAAGAAAAAUACGUCUCCCUCAUCUCAAAGAGUCCCUGAAAACGUUCCAAUAACAGCAAAAGAGACAACACAUUUUUUCCAUUUCUGAUCUACUACAGAACGGUUUCAGUUUUUAUCUUCAUUUUCAUAAAAAAUCUGUUGGGACUUCACUUCACAACUAUGUUACUUGAUCAGCAUAGUUAAAUUACUUGCACAUUCUCAAAAGUCGUUUUUUGGCUCAUGCAUUUGCACAAGCAAUAUACUUGGAAAGCAAGAAGCCAAUAGACUCUUGACGUGCAUUGCAGAACAGUGACGAGCCAAAGAACAAUCAUUUUUCACAAUUACAAUGCACCGAGAGACGAUGCAAUUUUGAGCAUAUGUAACAACGGAUCUGUGUUCAAUAAGUUAGCGUAAAAACGCUGGGUCAACCAGACCAUGACACUAAUAUGUUUUUGUAGUUGCAAGCUGUUCUGUGAACAAGGAAGCUGCUCCAUUAUAGCCAGGUCAAUUUGAAUAAAUAAAAAUCAAAAUUGAGCAAUCAGAUCUAUUACAUGAUUUUGAAAAUAUCCUUUUUGCCCUUUUCUUUAAUUUGCGACUUAUUGUAUUCAACAGUACGAGCCAUGUAUGAGCACUGUUUGACGCGAAAUGACGCCGAAAUGAAAAACAAGAUACGAACUUGGUAAAUACAGUCAAUAGAAAGCAAGGAAACUUUGAAUUCGUGAAUAAUUUGGCACCUGCAAAUGCCAAUGCAUUAAGUCUCAAAGAUUUGACCGCAUGCUUUAUUUAGAUACCUUCUCUGUUGUCAGCCCAUUGUUUAAGGUAACCCAAAACUCGAUCUCGCACAAUUGGAAUGCUUUGUCAAAACCCUGACAUAAACAUGAGAAAUUAGGCUGACAUCCCAUGUUGCUCAAUGAGAUGAAAACAAGUCAUCCACAUAGAAGUAUAAAGAUGACGGUAUGCUCAGCAAAAGUCAGCAGUUAAAUUCAUUUUGGAUACACACAGAUAAAUUGCUACAUCAUUUGUGAGCCAGUAGCUUGAGUGAUGCGUUCCAGUGAUCGAUAUCAGCGCAGAAUCAGACAAGGGGGCGCAGCUAGCAUUUUUUGAUAAACUAUUACAUAGACUUGAAAAUCUUCGCAGCGAACCGUAGGGCAUAUUGUUAUUGGAUGAGAGAAUAGCUGCCUGUGAUUUUGAAUACUAAAGACGACAAUACUCCAUUGCUAGAACGAGAUUCCAUAUACAUGCAGCAUCAUGAACAACACUCAACGACGCGACAUGUGCCAAGCAAAGACAGUUGGUGCUCAGGUUGGCUAUGUCAUUUUCCUCUCCUUCGUUUUAGUGCUAACCCUUUGCGGGAACAGUUUCGUAUGCUUGACUAUAGCAUUAUGUCGCCAGUUGAGAAGACAUAUAACAAACUAUUUCAUAUUCUUUUUGGCUAUAAGUGACAUUGCUGUUGGCGUGGUGGUUAUCCCUUUCCGUAUAUUUAUCGCCUCUUACAAUGGAUUCUUUUGCGCACAGAAAGGAUUUUGUGUUCUAUACUUAAUUCUGGAUACAACUACUGGCGUUGCUUCUGUUACUAACUUGCUCAUCAUAGCCCUCGAUCGGCGGUUCAUGAUAACAAUGCCCUACCAAUAUCCAUUGGUGAUGAACCGAAAACGAGCAAUUGUCAUUUCGUUAUGUGUCUGGAUUUACGCCCAUUUGUGGAGCUGGUCGUCAGUAUUCUCAUGGUCAGAAGAUCCGAAACUCUCUAUUUUCGUAGAUGACCAACGCUGCUUUAACAAGAACAAAAACUUCCUUAUAACUUUUAUUACUCUGGUAUAUUUCGUUCCGCUGAGUAUAAUGGGCGUAGUCUAUGGCAGUAUUCUGAGAAUAGCAAGACAGCAAGCCAGGGGUAUCAAACAGCAAGAAAUCUCUAGCGAUAGAAGGGAGAGCAGAAAAAGAGCCAGAGAAAGAAAGGCGACGAAAACGUUGGCAAUCAUUUACGGAGCAUUUGUCAUCUGCUGGUUGCCGAACUGUAUUAUUGCUAUUUCAUCAACUUUAUGCCCGGAGUGUUUCAAAGAUUUACUUGAAAAUGACCGAACACUCUUCACAAUAAUUCUAAUAACAUUUGUCGAAGUGCUACCUCCACUAAAUUCAGCUAUGAACCCAUUUAUUUACGCGAUCUUCAACCGGCAGUUUAGAGGUGCUUUCAAAGAGUUCCUUCUUCGGAGACGAGCGACGAUCUUACUUGAUUCUGAUAACGGAAUGUCUCGAUUGCCGAUUACCAAAAGAAACAUAUCUAAGUGGGCUAAUAACCUCAACGGAAACCACCAUCGACAAUCAAUCAAGAUAGAGAACGGAAGUAUCGGAAUACUGGAGAACGGAAAUGAUUCGCUCAUUCAUAACGAGACUGUGUUGUGAAGUAAGAACGCGGGAUUCGAUGGAUCCCUCCAUAACAUCAUUUUCAAAAAAGUCAUCUACAUAAAAUUCAAAAAUGCAUUUGCAUUUUAAUAUAUUGACAGACAAUUUUCACUUGCAAGUCUAAAGAAAGACACAAGGAAUAGACGUGGAUGAGAAACAGCAGGAAGCGUAACAGAAAGUUUACAAGAUGGGAUGUACUGAAAGAAAAAACAUCGCCGUAUGAGAAAAGUCUUGAAGAUCACAUGUUUAAGCUAAACAGGCAAAAACAAAAAAGUUCCAUAAAUAAAAAGAUUUAAAAAAAACUAGACAAAGGAAAUUAGACAAAGGAAGUAAAAACUAGAAAAAUUUAUUCUCAAAACGCAAUAUAAAAAGGUUUAUCUUCUGCAUGAACUUUUGAUUAGUCGUUCCUUGUACUCAAAUAUAGUUACUAAUUAGGAUGCUAUAAAUUCUAAACGAGCUUAAAAUCAUUUCCUCAAAUCCAUCGUAAUUUCGCGACGAAAAUUUAACUUGAAAUCACCUUUUCUGUCUGGCACUAAGAAAGUUCGUGUUUGCCACUAAGAAAGUUUCUGUUUGGCACUAAGAGAGUUCCAGUUUGGCAAUAUGACAUUUGACUAGUAAGGCAAACCUAUUAGCAGAGGUUAGUUAGUUGUUAAGUGGUCACUUCAAACCUGACAACAACCAAUCGAAUCUAAAUGCAUCAAGAUAGCAACGGUUUUUGUCCUUUCAAAACGGCUAAAGUGCUAGUGAAGUAAAUAGCUGUGCUACUAAAUGUGAAAAAUAGCUGAAUUACUUUGAUAAAAAGCAUAAUAACCAAUACAAAAGCUCGUAGAAUUGAUCGGUAAAAAGUGGUACUGUAGAACUUUAUCUUCUGCAUGAAAUAUAGAUUAGUCGUUCCUUGUAGUUGUUGAUAGCUACUCACUAGGAUGCUAUUAAUUUUAGACGUGCUUCAAAUCAUUUGCGCCAAUCUAUUGUAAUUUCAAGACAAAAUCUAUUCACGACAAAAUUAAACUUGAAGUCAAUCAGGUACAGUAGAAAAUGAAGCAGAAAAUGGAAAAGAAAACAAAGGAUAUCGAUUACCUAUUGUAUUUUUCGCGUCCUCAGAUGAAAAUACAAGCCAUUCAAAGCCAGUCGGCAUUCUGAAGGAUGAAAAAAUAAAGCUACAUUUUUUAAGAGCAGGCUUGCAAAGAAAUGAUUCGGUUGAAACCAGAAUUUCUUCAACUCAUUAAAUGGGAGUUACUAUAUUAAUAUUAGCUCAUUUUGUUUAUACUCAAGUUCACUAUAUUUACUCAAACUUGUAGUCUAAAGUGACUUUCUGUAUAUAGUUCUGAUAACCUUUAUCAGUUAACACUUAUGUUUGUUUUCAAUGUUAGAUGCUCUUAUAAUGACGUCAAAAAUACAUUAGCAGCAU